CUCUCUUUUCCCACGAUUCUCCAAAGUCCCAAACUGGCCAUGGCCUCUCUUCGCAGCUUCCAUAAAAUCCUACACCAUGAUUUUGAUACUCUCCUCUCCUCGCCCCCCAAGACCCUCAGAGAAUCCAAACGAGACCCAACAGUUUCUUUGGGUUUUCGAUUGCCCAUUUCGAGAAGAAAUGCUCUUUUGAUGUCGGUUCUGCCCCUCAACCUCGUAGCAGACUCUCCUCCUCCUUCUCUGGCUCGAGAGAGGAGGAGCAGGAGGAAUAUACCCAUGGAGGAGUACUCAACCAGCUCUGAUGGAUUGAAAUACUAUGAUCUUACUGAGGGAAAGGGCCCCGUAGCAGAAAAAGGUUCCACAGUUCAGGUUCAUUUUGACUGCAUAUAUCGUAGCAUUACAGCUUUGUCAAGCCGCGAAUCCAAACUUUUAGCUGGAAAUCGCAUUAUUGCGCAGCCUUAUGAAUUCGUGGUCGGGUCACCACCAGGAAAAGAACGAAAGCGCGACUUCGUAGACAAUGCAAAUGGCCUGUACUCCGCUCAAGCUGCACCAAAACCUCCACCCGCUAUGUACUCGGUAACUGAGGGAAUGAAAGUUGGAGGGAAGAGAACAGUUAUUGUUCCUCCAGAAGUUGGCUAUGGAAAGAAAGGACUGAAUGAAAUACCGCCUGGGGCUACCUUUGAACUGAAUAUAGAGCUCUUGCAAGUUGCAUCGCCAACGCCCAAGUAAUCUUAUGUUCGUCAAGGAGAUUCGAUUCAGUUUGGUUAUUAUCUUCAAGCUCUGAUACUUUGAAGGAAUAAAGGAGUCUACUGUGUGUCCAUUGACUCCCCGCUAGUUUAUGUUAUCAAAUUUAUCAAAUCUUUUUGCUACGUUUACAGUAUUAGUGUAAAUUUUUUUUGCGGAUUGAUGGUGGGAAUCAAUAUAUUUGAAAACAUAACUACCGCC